GGCUGAGGCGGAGGGUGCUUGCCGGCUCAUUCUCCGGGCAUGGGCAGGUCAUGUGACCGGAAGUCAUGUCCGGCCCGAAGGGAAGGGGGCUACUUCCGCCUUUUUUUUCUUACGCUUGGUUCCUGUUGCUGAGGGAAACUGAGGCCUUGAAGGGAUUUCACUGACCAGAUGAGCCACUGACAAGUUCACGAAUGACAGGUCUGCAGGCAAGGGCCCACAACUUCACCCCUUCUGUCUGAGGAUGAGCAAGCCGUUGAGCUUGCAGAACAGUGACCUGGAGCAGAGUCUUCCUGCCAUUGCCUCCUCACUGUCGUACACUCAGGGCUUCUCUCCGCACCACUACUUCUCCCCUGAGAGAAGAAGGGCCAUCUCUGAUGUGAGGCGGACCUUCUGCCUUUUUGUGACUUUUGACCUGCUCUUCAUCUCGCUUCUUUGGAUUAUUGAACUGAAUACUUCCCAGAGUAUCAAGGACAGUUUAGAAAGAGAAAUUGUUGAAUACAACUUUAAAACAUCCUUUUUUGACAUAUUUAUCUUGGCUUUUUUUCGGUUCUCGCUGCUGCUUCUCGGAUAUGCCAUCCUAAGACUCCGUCACUGGUGGGUGAUAGCGAUUACUACACUCAUAUGUAGUGCCUUCCUGAUACUGAAAGUUAUCUUCUCAGAGCUGCUGAACAAAGGAGCUUUUGGCUACCUUCUGCCUAUUGUUUCCUUUGUCCUUGCCUGGCUAGAAACAUGGUUCCUAGAUUUCAAAGUCUUGCCUCAAGAAUCCGAGGAAGAACAAUGGUACUUGGCAGCUCAGGCUGCUGUCGCACGUGGGCCACGUCUUUUCUCAGGUGCACUCUCUGAUGGCCAGUUCUACUCUCCUCCAGAAUCCGUAGCAGGAUCAGAUGAUUCAGAUGAUGAACUUUUGGGUAAAAGGGCAUUAACUGAUGAGGAGAGGGAAUAUGUUCGGCAAGGAAAGGUCGCAAUGGAGGUGAUGGAUCAAAUUUUAGCUCAGGAAGAGAACUGGACAUUUGAGAAGUGCACUGAAUUUGGUGACACAAUUCACUCACUUGAAAUGCCAUACCAUGGCAAGAUUUUUAUUCUCAAGGCAGUUCUACAAUGUCCUCCUGAGAUCAUCUACCAGGAGAUGAUCCUCCAGCCAGAGAAGAUGGUCCUGUGGAAUAAAACAUUGUUGGCAUGCCAGAUCUUGCAACGGGUUGACGAUAACACAUCGAUAUCCUAUGAUGUGGCAGCUGGGGCCGCAGGCGGCGUUGUGUCACCCAGGGAUUUCGUAAAUGUGCGUCGGAUUGAGAGAAGGAGAGAUCGAUACAUUUCAUCAGGAAUGGCAACUAUUCACAAUUCACGUCCACCUACUUCCAAAUACGUCCGAGCGGAAAAUGGUCCUGGGGGUUUUGUUGCUUUGAAAUGCCCCACUAAUCCAAACAUCUGCACUUUGUUCUGGAUUCUCAAUACAGACCUGAAGGGUCGGCUCCCCCGGUACCUUAUCAACCAAAGUUUGUCUGCUACCAUGACAGAGUUUGUGUUCCACCUACGCAAACGGGUUAUGGAGGUCAUGACACGGUCUUAGCUUCUCAGCAGCUUGCUGUGACGUUGCCUUUUGAGCGUGCUCAAACAAGCCAACAAGGUCCAAAGAACUGGAUUCUCUUUUCUUCCAACCGAGGAGGGAAGGUUGUAUCUUACAGCUGAUCUUGAGGGUUAAACUGAAGAGCUUUUGAAUUGUCUUCAGGAGACUGACCAGUGAAAGGGAUGGGAAGAUGAUCAAAUGACAAGCAGAAGACAAAAGCACUGAUGGUCCAAAGUCCAAAUCAGUACAAAUUAGAAGCAUGAAGGAGGCUUCUUCAGGUGAUGAUCAUAGCUAGCAUUGCUACUAGAAGUCGAGCCAUUUCUGGAUUAAGAUGUGCCAAAUGCCUUCAUGAUCAUGCUUCCAGAAUCUGCUAUGUACUUACCUCUCUAGUCCUAUUUCUGCCUUUGUUCUGUCCUUGGAACCUCUGCCUCCCUGGACACGAUCAUGCGGUCCUUGCUGUGUUUUCAUAACAUUAUUCAAAUGCCUUCCAUAACAAAAGAAUUGCAUCAAGUAAUCCUUCACAUUCAGUGUUUUGGCCUGGGUGCAAAGGUUGGAGGUUUACUUUCUGAGCCAGUUUUGUAGCCCGCUAUUGUGUCAAAAUGCCAUCUUUCCUGAAGGGCUAUCUGUUCAGCGUAGUUACCACUGCAUCUUGGAGGAUCAAUUACCCAACCAUGGGUAUAGUUUUUUGGCUAUAUCCUUGAAGAGGAGACAAUUGGAGGAAGGAAUAUCUGCUACCAGUGAAAUACCUGGACUUCAAAGGGACAUCAAGCUGAUAUCUGUCCUGAUUGUAUUGUUCAACUAUGCUUUUUUUCUAAUAUCUCUUCUGUCCCAUGCACAACAAAAACUGUGAAGUAAGUCCCUCCACCUAAAAUGAGCCUUAUACAGUGGCAACAGUCCCUGGAGUUCAUAGUUAUAUUUUGUCAGAAUUGUUUUGAAAACAAAUGCCAACAUCCACAAUUUUAAGGCCCUUCUCUUUAGCCAUAGUUUGUGUGUAUGUAUGAGUGUGUGUGAGCAGGCUUUCUUUUGGAGAUUCUCAUCUAAUACCUUGUCUGGUUCUUCCUCUUGCCCUUCUUGUAUCACCCAUGGGAGCGUCAUACAACUGUGUGGAGUGUACUUAGGACAGAGCUAUAAGCAAAGCAAGUGUUCAGAAGGCAGUUUAGACCCUCCUUUUGCCCCCCACUCCUGCCAAAACAACCUAAAUUGCCCUCAUCUGCUGCUUGAACUGUUGGUACAUUUAUUUCCCAUCUGAAAAAUUGCACUGUCCAACAAAUACGUUUGCAAAUCCAGCAAAGUUGAAUUUUGACGUCUUGUUUCUCUGUCCAACCCUAAUCUUAUUACUGGGUAGAUAGAUCAUAAUGUGAUGGUGCAAGGGCUGUAGGAGAAAUCUCUGCAUAUCUUUGUGUGUCAAACUCUUACUCUAAACCCUACCUUUUUAAAGGUUGCUAGAAAUUUGCAACCUUUAAAAAGGUAGGGUUUAGAGUAAGAGUUUUGGUUUGUGAAGGGGGAGAGAGAGAAAAAUUCAGACAGCAGUGUAAUGCUUGGUUUUAAUACGUGCAAUAUCCCUGACACACCAAACUAAUCUAUUGUAUCUGCACAUGAGCAAAGGCUGUGAACAUGGGAAUGGGAAGCCAGGGAUGACUUUGGUUUAGCUGGUUAGCCAUCUGAGGGGCUUCCUAAACUAGAUACGAUUUAAAAUGUCACUCAAAUUCAGAUAUACAUUUUAAACUUCAGAAUUUUAACUGUGCUUCCGCUUAAGUGCAUUUCAAGACCACGAGGCUAGUCCUAAGUCAGAAAGUUGUAAGAAGGCAGAUUCAUUAGGUGAGGUAUGAUGAGCUUCCUCAAAGCAAGGCCACCAUCAAGCCUACCAGAUUUCCCCAGCAAGCUUUAGGGCUUACUCAGGAUCCUUUAUUUUGCACUCUACUAUCUCUCCCCCAGUCCUGGAAAUCUCUGACCCCGUCCUUUAUUAUUUGUGUGGGACAGUUGUAAUUGCACCCUAUGUAGAGUGAGGCUUGUAGCUACGACAUUUCCCCCCCAUCUGUUAGUCUGGCCUUGCCCAGCAUGGCAAAAGGUGUAAGACAUGGUGAUGACCUUCCAAUCAUGGAAAAUACAACGAGAAGUUCCCUACUCAGAUCAAUGUCUUCAAACUAUUCACCUUCAAGCCUUUAUUAUUCUUCUUUUUUUGCCGCCAUGAGAGACUUGCAGGAGAUCCCAUUCUGGAAUCGCCUUGGGUGGUCUGUAAGCGUUCCAGACUGACUGUGAAAAGGAACUUGCGAACUUUGUGACUCUUAACUUUUCCUUGACAUGCGUGGGGAGUGGAUCUCCCCGUUUCAUUUGAAAAGCCACUUGAAUAACACAUAUGCCUUUUGCAUCAAAUCUUUGUGACUUAAUCUAAUAAAAUCUAAUAAGAAAAA